UAAGGAGUAAUGCUAAUGAUAACCGUCGGUGAUACUGAUAAAUUCAAAGGCACCGCCUGGCGGUUUUAAAUAGAGAGGUGAUGAAGAACUGAAGUAGUCAGCAACUUAUCUUCUAUCUCUACUGCUACGAACAAUGGCUGCUUCUUCUUCUUCUGGAAUUUCCCUUGAGGAGAAGUAUGAAGUUUUCCUUAGUUUUAGAGGCGAGGAUACCCGCUAUGGUUUUACCAGUCAUCUCUACUCAGCUUUGACUAGGAAAAAUGUUAGAGCUUUUAUUGAUGACGACGGACUUAUCAGAGGAGAGCAAAUUAGCCCGGCUCUUGUGAGUGCAAUUGAAAGAUCAAAGAUUGCAGUUGUCGUUUUCUCAGCACGCUAUGCCUCUUCCCAAUGGUGCCUUGAUGAACUUGUACACAUUGUUAGAUGCAAGGAAGAACUAGGGCAGAUUGUGAUACCAGUGUUUUAUCAUGUACAACCGCAAUAUGUCAGGCGGCAAUCGGGGUCUUUUGGGGAUGAAUUUGCGAAGCUUCCAAGGCGUUUUAGAGAAAAGUCAGAAACAUGGAGGAAAGUUUUGACAGAAGUGGCCAACCUAGCGGGCUGGGAUUCAGACGUCAUCAGGCAUGAAGCUGUACUUGUACAGCAGAUUGUGAGCGACGUCUAUGAAAAGCUCAAUUAUCUAUCGCUAGUGAAAGAAAAGGAACUGGUUGGUGUGGAAAAACAUAUUAAAGAAAUCGAAUCUCCCUUAUGCAAUGGAUCGAAAGACGUUUUCACAGUGGGAAUUUGGGGCAUUGUUGGUGUUGGGAAGUCUACCAUUGCUAGUGUUAUUUACCACAGAAUCUAUGAACAAUUUGACAGGUAUUGCUUCAUUGAUAAUGUUGGGGAACGGGCGGGAAGAAAUGACGGACUAAAUUCACUACGCAAAGAAAUUCUGUCAGCAAUCACAUUGGUAGACAGAAAUUCUCUAGUCUCGACGAAGGAAGAGUCUGGCAGGAAGAAAGUUUUCAUGGUAUUUGAUAAUGUGACACAAUCUGAUCAAAUAGAUUUUUUAAUCGGCGGUGAUGCUUGGUUUGGUCCAGGAAGUCGAAUUGUUAUAAUAGCCAGAGAUGAACAAGUUCUGACAAAAUGUAGAGUGGACAAGACUUACAAGCUCGAGGGAUUAUUGCAUAAUGACGCUCUUAAGCUUUUCAAUUCGUAUGCCUUGGGAGAUCCCAAACCCGGGAAACGUUUUUCGGAGUUAUCAGAAAGCUUAAUAGCGUAUGCUAAGGGUGCUCCACUUUUUCUUAAAUUAUUGGGUUCCUUUCUAUCUGGAAAGAGACCACAAGAAUGGGAAAUUACACACGAUAGACUUAAGAGAAUCCGUAAUGCAGAUUUUCGGGAAAUAUUACAAAUUUGUUAUGAUGGAUUAGGAGAUAGAGAGAAAAAGAUAUUUUCACAAAUUCUGUGGUCAUUGAAUGGUGUGGACAUGGAUCACGUUAAAGUAACUCUGCAGUACUGGAAUAAUUCCUCACCAGAGAAGGAGAUCAAUGCCCUCGUAAAUAAGCAUUUAAUAACCAUUACCAACAAUAAAGUGGUAAUGCAUGAUUCGUUAAAAAACAUUGUCCGUAAGCCUCUGGUGGAUCGGUCUGAUGAUAUUGAAUAUUUUAUAGCUUUUUAAUUUUUUUAAUUAUUUUUUUGUUAUGUAUU